AUGAGCCCCAGGCAGCCCCUGGUCCUGGCGCUCCUGGUGCUGGGCUGCUGCACCGCCGCUCCCAGACCACGCAAGCCCACCGUUGUGGUCUUCCCAGGAGACGUGCGAACUAAUCUCACUGAUAGGCAGCUGGCAGAGGAAUAUCUGUAUCGCUAUGGCUAUACUCAUGUGGCGGAGAUAAGCGACGACCAGCAGUCCCUGAGUCGGGGACUGCGUCUUCUCCAGAGGCGCCUGGCUCUGCCUGAGACUGGCGAACUGGACAGAACCACCCUGGAGGCCAUACGAACCCCGCGCUGCGGCGUCCCAGACCUGGGCAAAUUCCAGACCUUUGAGGGCGACCUCAAGUGGCAUCACCACAACAUCACGUACUGGAUCCAAAACUACUCGGAAGACUUGCCGCGCGAAGUGAUCGACGACGCCUUUGCCCGCGCCUUUGCGGCCUGGAGCGCAGUGACGCCGCUCACCUUCACGCGCGUGUAUGGCUUCGAGGCAGACAUCGUCAUCCAGUUUGGUGUCAGGGAGCACGGAGAUGGGUACCCCUUCGAUGGGAAACACGGGCUCCUGGCACACGCCUUUCCUCCCGGCCCAGGCAUUCAGGGAGACGCCCACUUCGACGAUGAGGAAUUGUGGUCUCUGGGCAAGGGCGUAGUGGUUCCCACCUACUUCGGAAACGCAGGUGGCGCCGCCUGCCACUUCCCUUUCACCUUCGAGGGCCGCUCCUACUCGGCCUGCACCACGGACGGCCGCUCCGACGACAUGCUCUGGUGCAGCACCACCGCCGACUACGACACCGACCGCCGGUUCGGCUUCUGCCCCAGCGAGAGUGAGUGCGGGGUCGCGACGGGGGUGAGGGGCUCCCACCACCCUCGAGGGUUCGAGGAAGAAAGUAAAUAAAAUAGGACACCAGGAUUAUCUAGCUCCUGUUCCACCAGCCUCUGGCCCCUUAUUGGGCCCACUCAGCUGGUUCACCCAGCACCCUUUGUCUCUCCAGCUGACUCUACAGUGACCGGUGGCAACUCCGCUGGGGAGCUGUGUGUCUUUCCCUUCAUCUUCCUGGGCAAGGAGUACUCAACAUGCACCAGGGAGGGCCGCGGAGAUGGGCACCUCUGGUGCGCCACCACCUCGAACUUCGACAGAGACAAGAAGUGGGGCUUCUGCCCGGACCAAGGAUACAGCUUGUUCCUUGUGGCAGCCCAUGAAUUCGGCCAUGCUCUGGGUUUAGAUCACUCAUCGGUGCCAGAGGCACUCAUGUACCCCAUGUACAGCUUCACGGAGGGCCCCCCCCUGCAUGAGGACGAUGUGAAAGGCAUCCAGCAUCUGUACGGUCCUCGCCCUGAACCUGAGCCACGGCCUCCAACCACCACCACACCUGAAUCCCAGCCCACGGUCUGCGCUACGGGGCCUCCCACCACCCGCCCCCCAGAGCUCCCCACUGCUGGCCCCACAGGCCCCCCUUCAGCUGGCCCCACGGGUCCCCCCACUGCUGGCCCUUCUGAGGCCCCUACAGUGUCUUUGGAUCCAGCAGAAGAUGUGUGCAACGUGAACAUUUUCGACGCUGUUGCGGAGAUCGGGAAUCUUCUGCAUUUCUUCAAGGAUGGGAAGUACUGGCAGUUCUCUGAGAACCCAGGACGCCAGGUGCGGGGCCCCUUCCUUAUCACCAACAAGUGGCCUGCGUUGCCCCGCAAGCUGGACUCCGCCUUUGAGGACCCGCUGACCAAGAAGACUUUCUUCUUCUCUGAGAAAGCUUACUUCUGCCAGGACCGCUUCUAUUGGCGUGUGAGUUCUCGGAACGAGGUGAACCAGGUGGACCAAGUGGGCUACGUGACCUUUGACCUCCUGCAGUGCCCCGAGGAUUAGGGCUUCCCAUCCUGCUUCAGCACUGCAGAGUGGGUCCUCUGGGGACCAUCCCA